AUGUUUAGUUCCGCGUUGAAAUCCUUCACUUCGAAUAUAAAUUCGAAUUACUCAGUAUCAUCUACCCCAAGUUCAUAUUCCGGACCAUGGAAGAUAUACGAUGCGAAGAAGAAAUCAACCGGAAAGACUGCCUCAGUCUUUGUCCUUGAUCGCAAAUCUUUAGAUGCACAUGCUGGAUCCCUGGGACGGUCGAGUGCGUCCUCGAUGAAACGUGCGACUGAGGAUGUAAUUGAAAGAUUAAAGAAAGAAGCUUCAUCAUUGGCAAGACUGCGGCAUCCCAGUAUCUUGGAAUUGGUCGAGCCAGUUGAGGAAACGAGGGGUGGAGGCUUACAAUUUGCGACCGAGACUGUGACGGCCUCAUUGUCCGGGCUACUGCAGGAGAAAGACGAACAAGAAAGGGCUGGUGGCAUUGGCGGACGUACCAGUCGAUAUGUCACCGAGGAUUCGGAAGGUGGCAGACGGAGGAGAGAGGUUGAAAUAGAUGAACUGGAAAUACAAAAGGGUCUUCUACAGAUCAGCAAAGCAUUGGAGUUUUUACAUGAUAAUGCUGGUCUUGUACAUGGGAACCUAACGCCUGAUGCUGUGUUUGUGAAUGCCAAGUCCGACUGGAAAAUUAGUGGACUUAGCUUUUGUAGUCCGCCAGACAAUUCGACCAAAGCUACUUCGGUGCAACCUAUCAACCUUUCUGAGGUUCUGAACAUCGACCCUCGACUACCUCGUUCUGUUCAAAUCAACCUCGACUAUUGCUCCCCCGACUUUGUCCUAGACUCGAAUUUAAAUGUUGCAGCAGACAUGUUCUCAUUAGGUCUUCUCAUUAUCGCCCUUUAUAAUUCGCCCCAUACUUCACCACUGGAAUCUAAUAACAGCAUUUCUGGCUACAAAAGACUAUUUACCUCUUCUUCUACUAUACCCUCAUCCAGCAAUUCCUUCAUGUGCAAAAAAUCUUUGCCAAGAGAUAUGACUGGAGAAGUACUACCACGAUUGAUAACUAGACGUCCAGCGCAACGUAUGACCGCAAAAGAAUUCCAGCAAAGUGCCUACUUUGAUAACAUUCUAAUAUCUACCAUUCGAUUCUUGGACUCUCUACCGGCAAAGACACCUAAUGAAAAGGCUCAAUUCAUGCGUGGUUUGUUAAGGGUGUUACCCUCAUUUCCAAAAAGUGUUAUGGAGAAAAAGGUUUUACCGGCUUUAUUAGAAGAGAUGAAAGACCGAGAGUUGAUCUCAUUAAUUUUACAAAAUAUUUUCAAAAUUAUCGAAUUAUUGCCCACGUCAAGACGGCCGUUCACCGAAAAGAUCAUGCCUAGGCUCAAGGAGAUAUUUUUGAAUAACCCCAAACCUCCCACUGAACGUGAUGCCGCAAAGGAGGCUGGUUUGAUGGUACUGCUGGAGCAUAUUCAAGUAAUAUCUGUUAACUGCUCAGGUAAAGAAUUUAAAGAAGAUAUCUUGCCCAUUGUAGCAAUCUCGAUAGAUUCACCAACACACGCUCUUGUAGAUGCUGCACUGCGAAGCCUGAAUGUUGUUCUACCUCUUCUUGAUUUUUCCACAAUCAAGAAUGAACUCUUCCCAGUUAUUGCUUCCGUAUUUACGAAGACUAGUAGUCUGGGAAUCAAAGUUCGAGGUUUAGAAGCUUUCGUAGUUCUUUGUGGUGGCUCAAAUAAUCCAGCCUCUAGCAAUGACGGCCUUGACGGCAUUGGCGGCGCCAAGAAGAACACAUCAACUCCUCUUGACAAAUAUACCAUGCAGGAGAAGAUUGUACCACUAAUUCGAGCAAUCAAAACGAAAGAACCUGCUGUUGCGGUCGCUGCACUGAAUGUCCUUAGACAGAUAGGCACUAUAGCCGACGCGGAAUUCGUUGCCAUGGAUAUUCUUCCCAUUCUAUGGAAUAUGAGUUUGGGUCCACUACUAAACUUACAGCAGUUCCAAUCUUUCAUGGAGCUUAUCAAAAGCUUAUCUGUUCGGGUCGAGUCUGAGCAAACAAAGAAGCUGCAAGAGCUGUCCGGUAUCAACGGCGGAAGGGCAAACGGAACUGAUGACUUCAUGUCGUUUGGCGCCGCAUCAGCGUUUCCAUCGGCAUUGGGAUCUGAUGACCCCGAAAUGGAUUUCGAGCGACUAGUUAAAGGCGGAAUUGGUGCACCAUCAUCCAGCAACCCGUUAGAUUCCGGCUGGGACGCUAACCCACCGAGUGCCGGUAUUCAGCAAUCUCAGUCGUCGACACAACCCAAACCAGUUGCCUUUUCGUGGUCUACUCCAUCACCCACAGCGCCUACAUUCCCUUCUAACUCUAUUAAUAAUGUUCUUCGUACAUCACAAAACACCACAUCACGCACAGUCACACCCGAUCUGUCUAGCUUUGGUGCUCUAACACCAUCAGCUACCCAAUUCUCACAACCACUUCAGCCCCAAUCUAACUACUCAAAUCCAAUACAACCUCAAUCAUCGUUUUCCCAACCUCAGUCCUCCUUCUCCAAAACCCAAUCCGCAUUCCCGCCACCUAAAUCUACCACUUCUUCCAUAAACUGGAACACCGCCGCUUCGUCCUCAACCCCCAACCCGUGGGGCUCAAACCCGACAACCUCAUCUCUUUCAUCCAUCUCGCCGCCUCCUUCCAAUCCCUCUUUAUCCUCAAUGAGCAACAUGACCAACUCCAUGUCUUCACUCUCCAUGAAUCAAAUGAAUCAAGCAAGACCCGCAUUAAACAGUUCCCAGAGCGCCUCGAGUUCUUUUUCGAGUUUCUCAUUGCCGCCGCCACCUAGUGCGAGCAUGGGGGGAGGAAGUAAUUAUAGUGCGUUUGGGGGUGCUAGUAGUGGUGGGCAGAGGAUGGGGAUGGGAGGCAUGGGGAUGGGGCAACAGAGACCGGUUGUGCAGCAGCAACAGCCGCAGCAACAACAACAGCAGAAGAAAAGUGGAUUGGAUGCUUAUGAGAGUUUGCUAUGA